GCGCUGUCCAGAUUUGCAGCUAGGCCCUAGAUUAAAAUAAGGGUUUUUUGUUUUUGUUUAUUUGACCGAAUUUUAAGUUGAUAAAAAGUUUAUUUAAUACCUCCUGGUACUACAGUGCAGUAGUACCAUUGCUGCGUUCGUUGAUUACUGUACCUGCAAUGCCAAAGUACAAUAAAAGGAAUACUGGGUUGAACAUCUACUACAGAAGACAAAAAAUUAGGCUGAAGAGAGAGAAAUGCAGGCGGCCAGUCCCAGCAAGUGAUAUAGGUAAAUUUGACUGUAUAUGUGAAAGAGUAUCAUUGGUAGCUUUACAUGAGACAGAGAGAGAGAAAAGCAUGCCUUUAUUCUGACAUCGUUAAUGGGGCCUAAUUGCAGUUACCUACUCAGUGCCUUGGAUUAUGAUUCUUCAAAAACAACAGAACAAAUCACAACCUUAACAUACUAGAGAGAAGCGAGCGAGGCAUUGCAGAUACAGUAAUUAUUGAAAGCAGCAGUGGAAGUAGUAAUUAGUGAGAUCAUGGUGCCGGGACCAAGCUUGAGAUGGAAGAAAGAAAGAUAAGAAAAAAAGAAAGAAAACAAGAGAAAAUUACUAGGACAGGGGAAAUGCUGGUCAAAUGAUGUUUGUUUAGUCUGGAUUACAUUACCAAUGGCAACGACUGACUGGGAGGCAAGCUGGAAGGCUGGAAAAAUUGGUUUUCACUCCAAGGCACUUAACCCUAUGUUGGAAAAACACGCAAGUAAGAUACUUGAUGGCCAAAAGAAUUGUAAAGUUUUUGUUCCGCUUUGUGGAAAAUCUGUAGACAUGAAAUGGUUUGCAGAUCAGGGGCAUAAUGCUGUUGGUGUUGAAGUUGUUGAGAUGGCUAUUACUAGCUUCUAUGAGGAACAGGGUAUAGACUAUACCAAGGAAUCGGUACCAAAACUGCCAGGAGCAACUGUUUAUAAGAGUAAAGAUGGCAAAAUUACAUUAUAUAAUGCUGAUAUAUUUUCAAUGACAAGUGAUAUUAUUGGUAAAUUUGACUGUAUAUGGGAUAGAGCAUCAUUGGUAGCUUUAAACAAGACGGAUCGAGAAAGGUAUGCCCCUACUCUGACGUCGUUAAUGGGGCCUAAUUGCCGUUACUUGCUCAGUGUCCUUGAUUAUGAUCCUUCCAAAGCAAAAGGACCACCCCACAAUGUGCCCAACUCAGAGGUUGCAACACUGUAUGAAUCAAGUUGCAAGAUUGAGAAAAUUGACACAUCACUUUAUCAUCCAUCAAAAUUUGCUAAAGAUGUUGAAUGUGUGCAAACAUUAUUCUUGAUGAAGCCAAAAUAGUAUGUUUUAAUACAGGGGUGAUCAUAAAAAUUGGUCGGAGGGCCAAAAUGAAUUUUUGAUUUAUUUCCUGUAACUUUGAUGUUUCCAGUGUGCUUCCAAAAAUGUUCAUUCACUGUUUUUAUACUACUUUUAUGCCCGUUUUUAAUAUUAAUUUUUGAUAAGUGUUGGGCCAUAAUAAAACAAUCACCGCCGGCUGUGUCACCAGCAUGCCGCACUAAUAUUUCAGGAUUAUAGUUAGAUGUAAAGUGCAAAAUUCAACUUUUUAUAACAUUGGUGUUUAACACAUCAAUUGUUCAACGGCUCGACACGAAAUGUGGAGUGGGGGAUUGAUAAUUAAGUGAGUGGGCACUAUCACAAAAUCAGGUGAUAUUAGUUGAUUUUUAACUACUAGAGUGUAAUUUUUUUGCUUUGGACAUUUUUCAUUGGUGGGGAGACUGGAGGAAUAGGCCUUUUUUGCAGCAGCUAUCAGGUUGUUAAAUGGUAAACUCUGAAUGUGACUGAUAAUGUUUUUCUGGAAUUUACAAGUUGUUAUAGCUUUGUUUUGUGUUACAUAAAUGAAUCAUGAGGUUUAAAUACAAUGUUAAACAAGUGGCAAUAAAGAGAGAACUUGAACUACA